AUGAAAACCAACUUACUGUUGUCUGUGCUUCUUAAUCCAUGUCUUAUCUACAUUGUAACUAGUGCAAGACCGAGAAUAAUUAGAGGUGAAUUUGCCUUACCUGGUGAAUUUCCUUACGUAGUUUCACUCCAAUUCAUAACGGAGUUCUAUUGCACUUAUCCGUUUUGCGGUGGAAGUAUACUUGAUGAAUAUCACAUCAUCACAGCUGCUCAUUGCGCUUUUGCGACUGAUUCUGCUCUAAACAGUACUUAUGAUCUGAGGAAUGAAAUUACAAUAGUGGCAGGUACAACGGAUUUGUCGAAUAAAACGAGUGGUAUUUAUCGCGCUGUUCAGAAAAUAUUCAUACCAAGUUCGUACGGAUACGAAGAAGGCGAGAUAUACGAUGAUAUAGCAAUUUUGAGGUUGAAACAUCCGUUGCCUCUUGGUGAUCAUGAAACUUUGGGUGCGGUUCAGUUACCUAAUACCGAUGAGUAUCUACCACCUGAUACAUUCGACGGAAGUGUUGCGGGUUUUGGCACCAAUACCCAAAUUUUAAAUACGACCACUGGUGAAUUAGAAUCUGAACCACCGGUUCCGUAUUUAAAGUAUGCUCGUGGUGUCAUCAAUGCUCCAAAUGAAUCUUACCAAUGUGAUUCUGGAGAAAUAUGUUUCGAAGCUUACGGAUUGUCAAAUGGACACUUGGAAGGUCCCUGUCAAGGUGACAGUGGUGGUCCACUUGUUAUCCAUGGAUCGAAUAUUCUCGUUGGAAUUGAUAGCUACUCUCGUAAUGUAACUUGUGGAAUACGUAAUACAUUUACAAGGGUCUCCGAGUACUUGGAUUUUAUUAAGAUGGUGCUCGAUGGUAAUAUCGACGAAACAGUGGUGCCUGUAGAACUAACCUUAGAUGCUGAAGAUCAUUAUCCAAACAUUCCUCUUUGUGAAUUUUAA